GAGAAGUGCGGUUGAAUAACUCAGCCUUUAACUCCACCUUUGGCCUGUCAAAGUCCCCUGUGCGCGGUCUCACACACGUAGAUAACACCUGGGUGGGACAGGUGACAACCUCCUUCAGUCCGGGACACGGUCAGAGCAGGAGCUGCCAGGUGAGAAAAGAUGGCUGGGAUCAAACCACGGGUGAUUGUCCUGUCCAAGCGCGACGGCCAGACCUUCGGGUUCUUCCUGCGCGUGGAGAAAGAUGAGGAGGGCCACCUAAUCCGCAGCCUGGACAUGGGCGGCCCAGCAGAGCUCGCCGGCCUCAAGGACGGAGACCGCAUCAUCAGGGUCAAUGGCGUCUUCGUCGACAACACAGAGCAUGCUCAGGUUGCAGAUCUGGUGAGGAAGAGUGGGAUGUCGGUGACAUUCCAUGUCCUCAGCGAGGCUGCGUACAAACAGGCCAAAGAGGAGGGAUGGGACCUGGCAGAGAUACCACGCCAGAUCGCCGUGAACGGGGUCGCCGGCUCUAGCUCCAAGCCCAAACUAUGUUACCUCACCAAGUCCACGGCGGGUUUUGGCUUCUCCCUUAAGAGUGUGAAAGGGCAGAGUGGUGUGUUCAUGAUGGACGUUUCCCGUGGCGGCUCAGCUGAUACUGCAGGUGUGAAGGAGAAUGACCGCCUUGUGGAGGUCAACGGGGAGAAUGUUGAGAAUUCCAACCAUGAACAAGUCGUGGAGAAGGUGAAAGCCUCAGGCAGCAAUGUCAUGUUCCUACUGGUGGACGCCGACACAGACAGAUUCUACAAAAACAAACAGAUCCGCUUGGGACCCGGCCUCGCCACAGUCAAGCACCUCCCCCACAAGCCCCGUAUCGCCGAGCUGACCAAAGGCUCCGACGGCUACGGCUUCUUCCUCAGGAAAGAACCCAAAAUGGCAGGUCACUACGUCAAGGACAUAGACCGUGGCAGCCCCGCAGAGAGGGCUGGCCUGAAAGAAAUGGACCGGCUGGUUGCCGUGGCAGGGGAGGAGGUGGGCCAGUGCACGCACGACCAGGUGGUGGACAAGAUCCGGCAGGAAGGAGACAAAUGCUGCCUCCUGGUGGUGGACGCCGUGACAGACAAGAUGUACAAACUGGGUAAAGCCUCCCCUCUCCUCUUCUGGGAGGAAACUCGGGCUUCCGCAGCCAGCCAACCUGAGCCAACCAAAAAGCCAGAGCCCCGCCUUGCUACACCUCCACCCAGCCCCAUACCCACAAAAGCACCAGCACCAGCACCAGCAGAGGACUAUAAACCUAAACUAUGCCAGCUUGUGAAGACCGCCUCCGGUUUUGGCUUCCAUCUCAACGGCAUCCAGGGUGUGCCUGGGCAGUACAUCAAAGAGGUGGUGAGGGGUGGAGCUGCAGACAAGGCCGGUGUGGAGGAGGAUGACAUCGUGGUGGAGGUGAACGAUGUGAACGUGGAGAAGAGCUCCCAUGAGGAGGUGGUGGAGAUGAUCCGUGGCACGGGCAACACACUGCGCCUCCUUUUGGCCGGAAGGAGCGCUUACGACCACCUGAAAGCCACUGGCGUGGCCGUCACCCUCGCGCUGCUGGGCCUGGAAGCGCCCAGGGCGCCCAGCCCAAAGCUCCCGGAGGUGAGGGAAGAGGAGGAGGAGGAGGAGGAGAAGAAGAUGAAAGAGGUGAGGACAGAAGAGAAGGAGAAGGAAGAGAAAGCAGAGGAGGAGAAGGAAGAGAGAGCAGAGGAGGCUGCCAGGCCUGAUACACCAGCGAGCGAGCCACGCGCCAGGACACCAUCGGUAUCAUCUUCAUCUUCCAACAGUAGUUUUGAUGAACAACUUUAAAGUCAUUGUAAUGCUAUAAAUGUUACUAUUGCUUAAUUUCCUUUAUUUGUUCAUUACACACAUUGACUAGUGGGUCCUAGUGGGUCCUUAGAAGUAUUGUGCAACAGGUUUCCCCUUAACACAAUACUGAGCAGUAAUUCUAAACUUGGUUAGGUUCUACUAAUGUUGUACUAAGUACUGAUAAGCUUCACAUAUAGGGCAGAUGUCAAAUGAAAAUGUUCAUUUAAGUAGAUGUAUUCACUUAUAGGGACAUGUAAUCUGAUCAGUUAUGCCCUGUCAAGAUAACACUAUUAAUAAUAAGCUUGAUUGCAAUACAAAUUGCAACACUUAUCACUGUAGUAACAUUUUAGUAAAUGUUAUCAGUUUGCUGCAUCAUAUGAGCUGACCAUAGCAAUCACAUGAGGAGAUGGAUGAUGACCACAAAAAAAAAAGAAAUACUGGACAUUGAACUGGUGCCAAAAGACUGUUUGUGAUCUCAACAUCCCUGAGGAAAGUUUGUCAGGACAGUCUUGUGAGAUGUUGACUGACCUCUGUAGGUGUUCUAUUGUUGUGAUGAAUGCUAUGUUGGUGAAUUAAACUGCCUUCCUGGCAAUCAGUGAAUGUU